AUGCCCCCAGCCGGCGGUUGUGUGGAGGAUGACGAGGAAGUGGAGAUGGACCGGGCGACCGAUCGCGCGGCCGACGAUGAUGGCGAUGUACCAGCGGACCCUCUUCACCACGCCGACUCACCUCCGCGACCCCCGCCCGCAAUGAUGACUAUUGUUGACACCACCGGGCUUCUCGAUGCCGGGUUGUAUCCGGCGAGCCAGCGCAAGGCUCGUACGUGCUUCACCUUUGGGGCACUUGACGGUUUCCUGCUGGACAAUCUGGAGUGUAAGACUACCGCCAUGAAUUACUACGCACGGAUUCGACGGGCCACCAAUCCGGCUUUUCCCCAUGAAGUACCGGAUCGAUACCUUGAGCUGCUUAGAGUGAGCCGCGAAUGGGCGUUGCUCCAGGCGAAGAAACAGUUUGGAUACGGGCCACAGUGGCGAGAGGCCCCGGGCAACGGAGACCUUGCUCACUUUUGCCCGGCAUGUCCGCAGCCCGGAGUGAACAUACCCGAGGACUGGGAGGUGGAUGAUAGGAAGUACCUAUAUGCCCGAGGAUAUGUCAUGGAUGGGAACUUCCACGCCGAGCAAAUGAAAAUGCGCAAGCCCGAGAACGACGUACCGUUGAUGCCGGGGAAAAUGUUCAUGGUUCAUCCCGGCCCAUACGAGGAGCACCUGAGAGUAGCGAAGGACGUGAAGAUGCACUCAAGCUGCAACGACCACAAGGCGGUCUCCCAGGCCAACGCCGACCGGCAUAAGCUCGCUGUCACCGGGAUCGGCGCAACAUCUUGUUUGAGGCACGGGUGCUUCCUUCCGCACUCGGUAGUGAACUAUCAGAAGGGCGAACGUCAGAUGAACAUGGACUACUCCCUGUCCAAUGCUCUCGGCUACCGCUCGAGAGGUAUUGGGCACGUCUAUGUAUCAUACGACAUCAUGUGCCAGUACCACGUCCAUCUCCAUGACCGAUUUGACGACAAUCCUUAUCUUCAAAUGCCGGGGGGCCUCGUCCUAUACAAGUGCAUUGGCCUCUUUCACAUUCACGGUCACAAGGCGGAGUGCGAGCUCCGGCACUCUCUCACCUUCACCGAGGGGGCCGGGGAAGCUGACGGCGAGAUCAUCGAAACCCAAUGGUCGGGGAUCAAUCCCGUGUCGGGUAGUACCCGCUCAAUGUCAACAUCCCACCGGCAGGAAACCCUCGACCGGCACAUGAACAAUUGGAAUUGGAAGAAGAUGAUCACCAUGGUGGCUUCGCUGAGAAGAAAAAUCAAAGCCAAUCGGCCACUGCUGGCCGACAUGAAGGCCGACCUCACCGCAAAGGAGGCCAGUGUCGAUGCCGACAUUUUGGGAGAGUGGAGGAGGGAACUCAGGAUAGUACAACGACGAAGGCUGCGGGAUGUGAAGGUAAUGGACAGGUAUCAAGCGAAGAAACAAAUUAUGCCCUCGCGGCUCGAACUUCAGAUAAAGCUUGCAGAAGAAGAGGAGCAACAACUCGCAAUCCAGAAAGAUAUAAAGCAGAUGGGCGCCACUGUGACGGGGGCUCAAGAGUUAAAGCUGGCCAAACGGAGGAAGCCUCUCGAGAGUCAGAUCCGGCGGUUCCACCGGCGAGCGGCUGCAAUUCACCGAAGGCAUGACUGGGGCGUGGCAGAGGAGGAAGCAGUGGAUGACGACUCGGCUGCGGAGUGGGAAGAAGAUCCCAACGAUCCCCCAGCACAUGCCGACAAUCCAUGGUCCAUCUUUCCCAGUAAACCGCCCGCACCAUACCCAGUGAAGGCGGCGGAACAUACGAAACUCGGGCUACCUUCGAAUUUCACGCGGAAUGCUCUAACCGCCAAUGGAUUGCAACGUUGGCCGCGCACGAGCUCACUCUGCGGCGCGGACAAGCAAUGA